AUGAUACCCAUCUCAACAAAACACAAGCUCAAAAUAGUGCCCCUUGAACCAAAACUCAUUCUGGUUUCAACAAGAAUGAAUGACACAUUGAAUUUUUUGCUAUUGAGAGCUUGUUCAAGCGCCAACAUCUCCAACUACCACCCUAAACGCCAUGGCCGCCACGUUCCACCUCAGUCGGAUCUGGACUCAGUCAGGUCCAAGUUCAGAUUCUCCUAA